AUGAUAAGAUUAUUUCAAAGAUCUUUAGUUAUUUCUAAAGAUCAAGCUUUUAAAAAAUGCAGUGGUCUUUCAUAUAAUAUUAGAGAAUUUUGUAGCAAUAAUAAUAAUAAUGAAUUAAAUUUAACAAGAAAAGAAUUUGAAGAAUUUAAAAAUAAAAAAGAAUUUAUUAAAAGAUUAGAAGAAAAUUUAGACGAAAAUAAUGUAAAGAAAUCUUUUCAAGUUGAUAAUGAAAAACCAAUCGAUUAUGAAUUUAUUUCAAAUAAAUUGGGUAUUAAAGAUAAUGACAAAUAUAUUAAAGUUCAAGAUUUAGUUAGUGAAAAAGUUAAACAAGAACCAGGAUUUGAAAAUUUCGAUUUAUCAGUUGAUGAGGCCAAAUUUGGUUUACAAGAGCUCGAAAAACUUUUAAGAGCACCAAACGGAGAAAAGACUAUUGGUUUAUUAAUUAAUGAAUUAAAGCAAGUAUUCGGUUUAGAGAGCGACCAAGAGAUGGAUAGAAAAUUAAAGAAUCUUCAAGAAUCACUUUCAUUAAAGCUUGGCGGUGUUUCAAUCGAAGAAUUUAUUGCACAAAACAGAGAUAACAUGUCAUCCAUCAGUAGAGAACAAAGAGCUAUUGUCCACGAGUAUUUCGAAAAUCAUCCUUACAUUAAAAACAUUAGACAAACAUCUUUUGUUUUAGAUUUAAUCAAUCUCUCUGAACAAUAUCGUGGUAGUGACAGCAAAAAUUUUGAAGAAAACAUUAGAAAACAUUUUAACAUUGACCAAAAGACUACUGGUUCAGCCGAGGAAGAUGGUUUCAAGGAGCAAGAUUUAGAUCAAGUCGAUUUCAUCCCACCAGCUGACUCUGAAUUUGUUACCAACGCAAAUAAAGAUAAUAACUUUGAAGAAAGUGUUGUCGAUCUCAUCAAGAGUGGUACCAUUUUAACUUAUAUGAGAAAGGUCUUUGAAGACGCCAAGGAAAGUGCUGAUCCAGUCUCUGCCAAAUUAGAAAAAGAAGCCAAGGAAGCUACUAUUGCUAAAGAGCUCGAAUCCUUUAAUCAAAUUGCACAAAGAGAAAUUGAUAGUGCCACCAUCAAAUACAGAGAAAACUCUGAUAACCCAGAAGACUUUUAUGAUGCCGAUGUCACACCAGAGUUUGAUAUGAUGCAACCAGUUCAAUUCCAAGAGCAAGCCAAAGACCCAAGAGACCUCUUAAAAUACUAUCAUCUCUACCCAAAGAAAAUUAAACAAUGGAUUAACUAUACUCAUACUCCAAUGGGUAUUUUCAGUACUUUUGGUGUUUGGUACAAUUUACCAACUUGGUAUACUAAAUUCUAUCAACCAUCUCCACCAGAAACUUUUAUCACACCAGAAUCUGAAAAUGUUUUCCAACAACCUGAAAUCCCAGAGGAUCUUAGAAACUCUUAUAGAUUUGGUGUUACCGAGGAAGAGGCUCGUCUUUUACAUCCUAAAUUUAAAGAAUUUUUAACUUUCCAAUAUGCCACCCAACCAGAAGUUACUGCUUUCCGUAAGAGAGUUUGUAUUGAAAAGUAUGGUACAUCUUUACAAGAUUCCGGUUCACCAAUGGUUCAAAUUUCAAUUUUAACAGAAAAAAUAAAUGUAGUUCAAGCUCAUUUAGCCAAAAAUAAAAAAGAUUAUCUUGCUAAAAAGAACCUCCCAAUGUUAGAAAGAAGAAGAAGAAAUUUAAUUAAAUACCUCAAGAAAAAGAAUAUCGAGCAAUAUUUCAUCAUUACCAAAGACCUUAAACUUAAAAAUUUUAAUUAUUAA